CGUCCAUCUUGAAUACAGUAAGCCAACGGUGACUGACAGCAACAGAGAGGGAAAUCGCGAUAAAUUGAGUUCCGACCGCUCUAAAAAGUCAAUCGACCGUGAACACCGGGACAAUACAUAUUGAAGGAUUACAUUUACUGACGCUAUCUGUCAAUUCUGUCUCAUUUUUGGCCUCAUACUCCCGACGGGGCUGAUUAAGUUAUUUCGAGGCUGUAAUGUUAUGUGCUAAGCUUUAUUCAGCCGUUGACAUGUCUUAGUUUAAAACGACUGUUUGUUUGAACUACCUACCUUAGCAGUUCUGGAGAAGCUUUGUGAGGUCGGGAAUUGCAGGUUUGAGUCAUUAACACCAGAAGGGAAUGUGGAUAUAGCGCGUUUGGCCAUAUUUAAGUCCUCCACUGUCAACUUGAGCUCGCGCGUGCGCUGAAUCGUGCGCGUGACCCCAUUUAUUUCACUUUAUCUAUGAUCUGUUGUACUGCAUAUAUUAUAUUUAAGCAUAAAGCGAAGUGAGCGUGAUGCGGAAACAUCGUUUAGGGAUGUUAAUUCCAUUUUUAUCCCCGUAAAUGUGCAUGCAUUUAGUGUACUGCCAUAGACUUUCCAGGUGGUUUGGAGGCAUUUAUCUGCUUGACAUUUUAGUUCCUUUGCAUUAACAACAAUAUUUGUAUCUAUAUAUUUUAUGGCGGGUUCUAUGCAUAGGUUGUCCAGUUGUGCUGAUCACUGGGUUUGGGAGCUGGCCCAUUUACUGAACGAGUUUAUUGAACGAGCUCGUUUAUUCUGAGCGCGCGGCAGGGCAACAUUUGUAUAGAUACAGUAUUCGUACGCAUUGGAAUUUCCUCGUUAUUGAUAUGAGUUUUAAAGCAAACUGCAUGGACAGUCAUAGAUCACUUUAUUUCUAAAAGCUCGUCUGCUUUGAAUGAACUAUCACCAGUGGACACUUUAAUGCCGUUUCUAAAUCGCCGAAUCUGAGGACUAUAGGCUGGCAUUGGAUUUUUGCACUGCCAUAUAUCACUGACUCGGUGACAUGGAUGUGUUUCACUGACUGCUGAUCAGUGGUUCGAGGAGCAACUUGAAUGCAAAGACUUUUGGAUUUUGUAGGGCAAGACAGAAGAUUGAAAGAUGGGACCUGCAACAAAGCUGGCUUUUGGAGUGUUCCUCAUUUCCUGCUCCUCAGGUGCCAUUCUCGGCCGAUCAGAGACACAAGAGUGUGUGUUCUACAACUACAACCCCAGCUCGGAGAACCGAGGAAAUCGCAGCAGUAUUGAGUCUUGCGUGGGCGAGAAGGACAAGAGGCUUCAUUGCUUCGCAACUUGGCGAAAUGUGUCAGGAUUGGUUGAAAUAGUAAAGCAAGGCUGCUGGCUUGAUGAUGUCAACUGCUAUGACAGCACUGAGUGUGUUGAGAAGAAGGAGGACCCGGAUGUGUUCUUCUGCUGCUGCGAGGGCAACAUGUGCAACGAGAAAUUCUUCUAUAACCCUGACAUGCAGCCAGUUCAGAGUAAGGCUCCCCUCAGCGACACAAACAGCAAAGUCUUUAAGGCAACAUCUAACCCCUUCACCCAGAAGCCACCACUGUUCAGUACCCUUCUGUACUCCAUCGUGCCCAUCAUGGGCAUCACCGCCAUUGUCCUGCUCUCCUUCUGGAUGUAUCGACAUCACAAGCUGGCGUAUCCACCUGUUCUGGUGCCUACCCAGGACCCUGGACCCAUGCUGCCGUCUCCCACCCUGGUCCAGAAGCCUCUGCAGUUGUUGGAAAUCAAAGCUAGGGGGCGCUUUGGCUGUGUGUGGAAAGCUCAGCUGCUUAAUGACUAUGUGGCAGUGAAGAUUUUCCCCAUUCAGGACAAGCUGUCAUGGCAGAACGAGUAUGACAUUUACAAUCUCCCUGGCAUGAGGCAUGAAAACAUUCUGCAGUUCAUUGGGGCAGAGAAGAGAGGAAGUAACCUGGACAUUGAGCUGUGGCUCAUCACAGCUUACCAUGAAAAGGGCUCCCUGACGGACUACCUAAAGGCAAACGUAGUGACGUGGAAUGAGCUGUGUCACAUCGCUCAAACCAUGGCUAGGGGUUUGGCUUACUUGCACUCUGACUUCCCCGGACACAGAGACGGCCACAAACCAGCCAUCGCACACAGAGAUAUUAAGAGCAAGAACGUGCUGCUGAAGUCUAACCUGACUGCCUGUAUAGCUGACUUUGGUCUGGCUUUGAGGUUUGAGGCAGGAAAGUCAGCUGGGGACACACAUGGGCAGGUGGGAACCAGACGUUACAUGGCCCCGGAGGUGUUGGAAGGGGCAAUCAACUUCCAGCGAGAUGCUUUCCUCAGGAUAGACAUGUAUGCAGUGGGACUGGUGCUGUGGGAGCUGGCAGCCCGUUGCACUGCGUCUGAUGGUCCAGUGGACGAGUACAUGCUUCCGUUUGAGGAGGAGGUGGGCCAACACCCCACUCUAGAAGACAUGCAGGAGGUGGUGGUCCACAAAAAGCUUCGGCCCACUCUCAGGGAGUGCUGGCAGAAACAUCCGGGUCUGGCCAUGCUGUGCGAGACUAUAGAGGAGUGUUGGGACCAUGAGGCUGAGGCGCGUCUCUCCGCGGGAUGCGUCGAGGAGCGUGUGAUCCAAAUGCAGCGGCAGACCAGCGUCUCCGCCCCAGAGGAAAUAGUCACCGUUGUAACAAUGGUGACCAAUGUGGACUAUCCCCCUAAGGAGUCCAGCCUAUGACUGGAGGAUAUCAGCAUGUGAAUUGCGGGCUGACCGAACAGAAAAGAUGCGUUGGGGAUGGUGGUGGACUGCAGUUCUGACGGCUGGCUUCAGACAUGCUGGAUAAUCGUCCUGUACUUACGGCUGGAGCAAAUGCAGACAAUGCAUUUUGUGCAGAAUCUGGGUUUAAUACAGGUUUACCUGGAGCCAGCUACGUUAUUGUAUGUGUUGUGUAUAUAUAAACUAGUGCCACGGGGCGCUCUGGUAAGGACGGAUGGAUUAUAAGCCGACAUCAAAAACGAACCUCUUUGUUGUCGUUUCUCUGCUAUGAGAAUAAACUUUCCCAUUCAAGGAGUAAACGAGACUCCUCCGCCGCACGGCACUCGUGUCAUUUCAGUAUAAAAAAGGGCAACGUCCAUGUAAAGACACAUUUAAUGUGUACGUAUGAAUGACUAUUGUAAUGCCAAUAAGAAACAGCUUUUUGAAUGUGUAGUGUGACGCUGCUGUACAGAUAUCAACAGAAAGGGUGACGAUACAACCCAAAUCAACACGUUUCCUCUGAAAGCUUUCAGAGUUUCUGUCAGAUAACCACCAACCUCUCGACAAGGUAUACCUCAGUUUCUCAUCCUAAUAAUAAGUUUGUUUUGUAACACUAUAUGAUAUAAAAAAGAGGAUUUUCGAUGACCUCCAUUUGGCACGGAAGCUUUUUAAAUACGGGGAAAACUUUUUUUAUAUGACAGAUUAUGCCAAGAAACGAUGGCCAUUCAUAAACCAGUGUUCUGCCUUCUUUCUUUUAGUUGUUCUCUGUGUUGCCCUGCUGUUUAAAAUGUGAUACUUUUGUUCUUUUAGCAUUGUAACCAUUUGUUUGUUAAAACAAAUUUUGACCUUUAUCAAGACCUGUUGAGAAGAAAAAAUCCCUGAAAAUAUGAAUUUUGUGAACAUAAUACAGAAGCACUUACCAAUAUAGGUUUGCGGUGUCCUCACAACAUUGACGUAUGUGCAUGCCUUGUUUUCUUUUCUUUCUUUUUGGUUCAUUUUUAAUUUUCUUAGCUUUUCAAACCUUUAUCAUGUGGAGCUUGUGCAUGAGAUCCCGUUAGCAGUCAUGGAAACCCCUUCAUUAUUGGUUCAUCUGAAGUAUUUCCUGUCUUCGGGGCGUCACUCUUUUUGUUCCAUUUCCAUUUGGAAUCAUCCAAUCUUGGUCUUCUAUGGUCAAACUGGUUUCAGAUCAGCAGCCAGGCAACCUUCUACACACUUCUACAAGAACUGUAUCUCAGUAUGUCUCAGGAAGCGUUUCCUUUUGCUUUGAGCCCUCUGGUGCCAUUCUGGUGACCCUUGUUGUAUUAUGUAUGCAAGGGCCCUUAAUAUAACACCUUAUUAGUGUGGUCAUAUUAUGUGCAAUAACAUCCUAAGCAGGGACUGUUUCACAGCUCACAGGCCACUUCCAGUGUGGUAAAAAUCCAAGCGCAUAGCAGUUUGCUUAGACCAUAAUGUACAUCACAAACUGAAGUCGACGUCAGGCUAUGCAUAUGUUAUGACGCCCGGUUGUCUGAGAGUAUUAAGCUAAUAAUAUGCUGUAAUGGGUACCGAACACAUGCAGUAACUCUCUGCCAGCAGAGUCUUUCAAAAGAACAGCUUCUCUGCUGCUGCUCUUUGGCUUCGUUCACACUGCACUUGAAUCCAAUUUGAUUUUCAAAUCCGAUCUUUAGAAUCAUUUUGCGAGAAAUUUGUUCGGACAGUGUAGUCAAUAUCCAGAUAUAUCCAGAUAACAAAAAACUGCUUCAAAUCUGAUCAGACUGUUCACACUGAAACUGAUAUUAAUCUGACUUCAAACCACGUUUAUUUAUAAAAAUCUGGUUUUUAUGAGGGUUUUUUCCCCUUUUAGACUACAAACAACUAAUCUGAUUUGUAUCAGAUACUAAAUUGGAUUUCUGCUGCUUGUCUGAACAAGUCCUGAAAUAUGAUUCAGUGGCUCAUUUUGGUUCAUUUUGCUUUCAAUAUUUUAGUUACAUUGCACCCCAAAAGAGUGAAAAAUGAAUUGAGAUCUGAACUGACAAUUGAACGCAUUUCUGAAAAUCUGAUUUUAAUUUGAUUUAAAAACCACAUAUUCAUGUGAUUUGUAUCAGGUUUGUAAAAAUUGUCUGAUUUCAUGUGCUUUUCCCCCCGUUCAGACUACAAACAACUAAACUGAUUUGAAUCAGAUACUAAAUCAUAUGCUGUCUGUCUGAACAAAUAAUCCAAAAAAUUUCAAAUGAAUUGAGAUGUGAUCUGACCAUUCAGACUCAACGCAUUUGUAAAAACCUGAUUUGAAUCUGAUUUCAAACCACAUGGCUGUGGUUUGAAUCCAGUUUGUAAACAAUGCAUUUCAUGUUUGUGUUGGUUUUUUUUCAUCCAUUCAGACUACGAACAUCUGAACUGAUUUGAGUCUGAUACAAAAUCUGAUUUCUGUUGCCUGUCUGAACAAAUCGUGAAGUAUGAUUCAGUUCACAAUUCUUUUACAAUAUGAUGCAUUUGACAAUGUUCAGAUCCAUACAACCGUAUACAAUCAAGCCCUUUCAAUGAAAGCUCUCUAUCUCUCUCUCUACUGUAGCAUUCUCAGCCAGCUCAUUCUGUUUUACUUCAUCUGAUGGUAAAUUAAUACGGGGCCUGUGCCAUCUC